AUUUCCCAGCUGCUUGUAGCUCUAACUGCAGCCUUCUGUCCUCCAAAGCUAAACCCACGUCUCCCCAGGAACAGCUGUAGUGUUCACCUCUCAUACAACUGGGCCUUAUAGCUCCCCUUUGAUGUGGACCUGGAAUAAUUUACUUUCAUCUGAGUUUAGCGACAGACUAAGAAAGGUAUUACUGUUAUGCUUUAACCACAUGGAAAUGGCAAUCUAUCUUCUCCCUUUUAUUACAGGGGAGAGUGCUCACGCCGUCCCCUACAACACAAUUAUGCAGCUGAAUUUCCUUACCUUUGGGGAAGUUGCAGGGUCAGCACAGGAGGAGCCUCAUCCUGGAAAACCACCUUCCUGAGAAUGAUUUCUCCCUGCCAGGUAUGGCUCUGCAUUCUGUGCAUGCAGUGCUCAAGGAGGCCAGAAGAGGGCAGUGGAUCCCCUGGAAAAUUAUAUGGGUUCUGGAUCCUGGGUCUUCUGGAAGAGUGCCAGUGCUCUCAACUGCUGAACUACCUUCCCAGCCCCAAGAUCUUGAUGUCUUCAUCAUGGAUAGCUGUGUAGCUGUUUCCUCAGCAUUGAAACAUCUCUCCAAAGCAGUACACAAGACUUUCAUGUCUCAGGAAGUUCCUAAAACAAGAUUCACAAGGUGCCUCCCUGAGGUGUAGAAUCGGGAAAGAUUUGUGGGGAGAGGAGACCUGUUGAUUUGCUGAGUUGCCUGCAAGCAGAGCAAGGGGUGCCAAGGAUGCAGUUUCACAAGUUGUCACCCAUGCGGGGGUGGACUUUUUGGUAAUGCCUUUGACUAUCCAUGUUCCAGUGAGUAACCUUAACAAACUCACCACUUCACUCAUGUCUCUCCAAGGAAAAAAAUCACACAGCAUGAGGUGUGACAUCUUACACCUCCUCAUAGAUGGGAGCUGCCCAACAACAGGCCUCAUGGGGGUGGUGGACCAUUAGCAGAAGAAGAAAACACAGAAGGACAGGAAGGAGCAGCGUCAGGGGUGAAGAGAGGACGAAGAGAACACAGUCUUCUCAGAGAGAUGGAGAGAGGGCAUGGAGUGAGUUCUGGAUCCUGGGUCUUCAGUAGCUCCCUCUGAAGAACUCUGAAGAGUGAGGAUGACCCGGCCCCUGGAGCAGGCAGUAGCUGCCAUCGUGUGCACCUUCCAGGAGUAUGCAGGGCGCUGUGGGGAUAAAUACAAGAUCUGCCAGUCGGAGCUCAAGGAGUUGUUGCAGAAGGAGCUGCCCACCUGGACGCCGAGUGAGUUCCGGGAGUGUGACUACAAUAAAUUCAUGAGUGUUCUGGAUACCAACAAAGACUGCGAAGUGGACUUUGGGGAGUACGUGCGCUCACUUGCCAGCCUCUGUCUCUACUGCCACGAGUACUUCAAAGAGUGCCCCCCUGAGCCUCCUUGCCCCCAGUAGCCUCUGAUCCAAAGGUGUACGCUAUCCCAGAAGGGCAGGGUCUGCUCCAGUCCUCCAUCUUUGUCCUUGAGGUGGUCCUGGGUGUGUAGCCACACCCUUCCCACUCUCUCUGUGGUACCCCUUUCAAUCUAGACUUGCCAAGUUCUUGAUGUGCUAACCCCACCCAGCUACCCAUGAGCUUUCGAGGCUUUCCUAGGGAUGUCUAGCUUGUGAGGGGUGGGACAGUAGCCAGCCUUUGCCGCUUCUCUUCUUGGAAGGGAAGAACAUCUCUGCUCAGCCAUGUGCACACAACUGGGACCGCUGUGGCAGGGGCCUCCUCAACUCCCAAUAAAGAAAUGUCUUCUUGGCUUA